AUGGCUCGCUAUCGGCGCGUAUUCAUGUCUGACAUUAUGCAUUUCUCUUCGCAACAACAUCCUCGUUCUCACAAGUGUGGCGGGGGCUUUCAGGUACAAGCAUCUAUCUCUUAUUCAGUCAAAGCGCCAACUCUAGGCUACGAAAUUGGCGCAGAGACUCAGGUCUCAAAGGUAGGCGCAAGCAUAAUCGCUGGUCCUUUCUGUAGUGGCCACUUCCCGGACCAUUCAGGUCUACUUUACGGUGACGUCUCAUAA